UUGUCUCGGUCGCCGCUGAGCCCCGGCCGCAGCAGCGCGGGCCUGGCGGGCGGGAUGUCCCAGGAGAGCCUCCUCGGGAUGGACGAGGGAGCGCUGCGGAAGCUGCUCGAGGCCACGCUGGACCUGGCUGAGCGGCGCCGCAUCCGUUCGGCCAUCCGGGAGCUGCAGCGGCAGGAGCUGGAGCGAGACGAGGAGGCGCUGGCAUCCAAGCGCUUCCGCCCAGAGCGCGGCAGCCACAGACAGGACGACAAGGAGAACUGGCCACGGUCUCAGCACCUGGAGGAGGAGCAGCAGGCAGCCCUGGCCGCCUUGUCCCAGGAGCUCGAAACAAUCACCAGCGUGGAGGAGCUGACAAAACUGCUGCGGGCAGCGGGUGAGUACGAGGAGCGCAAGGUGAUCCGAGCUGCCAUCCGUAAGCUGCGGGCUGAGGAGAUCGAAGCCGCGACACUGGCUGGGAAUGUGCAGAGCAGCCGGAGGGAUGGCAACGAGCCCUGCACUGUGCCUGGGGAUGCGAAAAGUAUCCAGAGGGACAAUGCUGAAACACCAGCCCUUACUGGGAGUGGGGAAAGCCUUGGUGAGGGCAGCACCAAGCCGCUGGGCACAGCCAGGAGAGGGGAGAGCAGCCAUCAGGACAAUGCAGAACUGCUGGCACUGGCUGAGCUAGAGGAGAGUGGGCACAGGGGGGCUGCUGAGCAGUCCCCUGCCCAGGAGCCCCAAGUUUCGGCGGACCAUGAGCGAGAGGACAUGGUGGAGCAGGAGCAUGUCCCAGCCAGGAUGCAGGAGCUGUGCAGCCAGCAGGCGGGAGACCCCCAGAAACCCAGUGUCCAGGAAGUGGUGUCGGAGACCCUUGUGCUUCUGGAGCUGCAGCCGGCCCCAGAGCCCAAUCCAGAACCUGAGGAUGGUGUUCAGGAGCUGGAGCAGGGCCAGCCCCAGAGGCAGCAACAGGCAGCCUGGAAGGCAGGGAGCCUGGACAGCCCAGCCAGUGCUGCAGAGCCCAGCAGGAGGCAAAGCCCUAGAGGGGAGCAGCCACCCCUGGGCCAGCCUGGUGCUGCCAGCCAGCUCCAUGUUGGGGUGCGCUGCCAGGCACUGGGGCCAGAUGGGAGACAGGGGAGGCCACCAGUGGCGCCAGUGUCCACCCAGGAUCUAGUAGGGACCCCAGCUCGCCUGAACACUCACCAGUGGGAGCAGGUGCCCUCCUCCUUGUGCCCAGCUGGCCCCACGGAGGUGACCCUGGGGCUGCGGAGCACCCCCAUCCGCAUCACCACCAUCCCCAGCAGUGUCAGCAGUAUCUGCAACAUCAGCAGUGUCAGCAGCAAUGUCACCAAGGACCCUUGCGCCCACUUUGAGGGCACCGAGGAGCCCAGCGGCCCUGUGGCCCAUCCACCCACUUUCUCCAGCACGCGCCAGCAAUCGGCCCUGCACCUCUCCCGGACCAACAGCAGCAUGGAUCCGGAGGUGGUGGAGCAGCCCCAGGUUCUGAGGCUGGAGCCAGAGCUGCCCAACGGCAUGGAGAAGGUGCAAGUGAGGGAGGUAGAGAGAAGGAGCAAGCUGAAUGUCGAGGAGCUGAGCAGGAUUGAGGAUGAGGAUGUUCUGGAUAAGAUGCUGGAUCGGACAACAGACUUUGAGGAGCGACGGCUGAUCCGAAAUGCCAUGCGGGAGCUGCGCCAGCGCAAGCGAGACCAGCGGGAGAAGGAGCGAGACCAGCGGCUGCAGGAGGCUAGGAGCCAGGCUAUGGCAGGAAGGGCUGGCCAUGCCACCGAAACCACCACCACACAGAGCACUCAGUCAGCUGACGGCUCAGCGCGCAGCACCGUCACCAAGACUGAGCGUCUCGUCCAGUCUAGUGAUGGCACCAAGACCUCCCGUACCACAACCAUGGAGUCGAGUUAUGUGAAGAGAUCGGACAGUGGCAACAGCACAUUUGUUCAAACCAAAUCAUCCUACAGCUCCUCGUCCAAGAAGACCGGCAGCGUCUUCGACCGUGAAGAUGAGAGUGCCUCCAGGCAGAGCAGCCUGGCUGCACUGGAGCGGCGUCAGGCAGAGAAGAAGAAGGAGCUAAUGAAGGCUCAGAGCCUGCCCAAGACCUCAACCUCACAGGCACGCAAGGCCAUGAUGGAGAAGCUGCAGAAGGAAGGCGGGAGCUCACCAAACCCCGCAGCAUCACAGACCAGUGUGCAGCGCUCCUCCAGCUUUGGCGUGCCCAAUGCCAACAGUAUCAAGCAGAUGUUGCUGGACUGGUGCAGAGCCAAGACCCGGGGCUACGAGCAUGUAGACAUCCAGAACUUCUCGUCCAGCUGGAGUGAUGGCAUGGCCUUCUGUGCCUUGGUCCACAACUUCUUCCCUGAUGCAUUUGACUACAGUAAGCUGACACCCCAGAACCGCCGCCACAACUUUGAGGUGGCCUUCUCUUCUGCAGAGACGCUGGUGGACUGCGUGCCGCUGGUGGAGGUCGAAGACAUGAUGAUCAUGGGGAAGAAGCCAGACGCCAAGUGCGUCUUCACCUACGUGCAGUCCCUCUACAACCACCUGCGUCGCCACGAGUUGCGCAUGCGGCAGAAAGAGUGCUAGAGCCUGCCCUGCCCACCCCCCUACUGUCCUUGCUGCCAGGGCUGCCAGUGGGCAGGGGAGCUGCCUGCCCCAGGAGGGUCUGGCAGGGCCACAGGUCUGGCACUGGGGACAGGGGGAACUCUGACACCCAGGCAGUCCCAUGCCUCUGCCUUGCCAGAGCUGCCUCUGCCCCAGCCAGCUGUGGGCUGACCCCAUGAGCAGGGCCAGGCAGGCACUGCUGGGGAUGCUCCUGGCUUGGCUUGCCCCCUGCGCUCCAGCCUGUUAAGUUAUUUGUUCUCCAGGAAUUGUGUACCCUUCGGGCAGCACUCCUGUGUCCCUGGGUGGCACAGCUGUGCCCUCAGGCCUGGGGCACAGUGUGGGUCAGUGGCUGAGCAGGACCGUGUAGCCUAGCCAGGCAUCCCACAGGCAGCACCUGUCAGUGGUUCCCUUGGCUCCCUGUGAGGAAGCCCCUCUGCCCACCGCAGGCCCUGCUUGGUGUCACCUCCCUGGGGACAGCUCCACAGCUGUGCCGACACCCUGCUUCCCACCUUCACGUGCACCUGGGGCACUUCUGCACUAGGGGCUGCAGCACCUGUGGGCUGGGGAGCGGGCAGGGGUGAGAGGUCCCAGGAGAGCACAAGGCUGAAGGAGCGAGCCAGGAUGGCAGCCCCUUCUCCCCUCUCCUGCUCAGGGCACCACGCGCUCAGCGCCGCUCGCCCCUCCGUCACGUCUCUACACCUGUAAUGACACGUGUACCAACACCAGCCAGACAAUAAAGGUUUACCUAGG